AUGCCACGACGUAAAAAUCGAAAAGCUCGAAUUGAUUCGAAACCAUCAACACUCAACAACAACAAUGAGCAUACAGAUACGGCAUCCAAUUCCAGACCCUCAUCAUCAACACGUGAUCCUCAAGCAUCUCUUCCAUCGGAGGCGUCUACCAUGUCUGAACCAUCUUGUGAUCUUCAAGUACCGCUUCCAUCUGAACCAUCUGCUGUGCCAAAGUCGGCUUGGGGUGCUCGAGUACCACCUCCAUCUGAGGCGUCUGCUGUUCCAAAAUCGGCUUUGGAUUCUCGAGUACCACCUCCAUCUGAGACGUCUGCUGUGCCAAAGUCGGCUUGGGGUGCUCGAGUACCACCUCCAUCUGAGGCGUCUGCUGUUCCAAAAUCGGCUUUGGAUCCUCGAGUACCACCUUCGUCUGAGACGUCUGCUGUGUCAAAGUCGGCUUGGGGUGCUCGAGUACUACCUCCAUCUGAGGCGUCUUCUGUUCCAAAGUCUGCUUGGAGUCAUCCAUCUCGAGGUUUACAUCCAAAAGAACGCUCUGCUAGUGCGUUACCAACGAUGAAAGAGUCGAUGAAAAGUUUGUCUGUGAACAAAGCUACUAUUGUAUCGGAAGAACCUCGUUCUCAAAGUGUUCUUCCAAUAAAGCGCCGUCGAUUUUUAUGCUCUGCGGUACCUGAUACAGCCAUGUUGUGUCCCGUUCGUCGUCCCGAUGAUGGUGGCUCAAGUGGUGAAGCAAUAUCGGUGUACACUAAUCAUUUUCGUGUAGAUAUUGAUGAUGCUACCAUUAAUCAGUAUGAUGUCGAGAUUGUCAUUGUUGAUUCUAAUGGUAAAUCACGUCCAGCACGCAAAGACGAACGUUGGGAAACGAUGCAACGCAUUGCUAAAGAAAAGAAGAAUUUCCCGCUUAAUACAACUACUCGACCACGUGAAACAGUUCGAAUCAUUGAGACGCUUUUCAAACAGCGUGCUCGCAAUGAUCUUGUUUGUGUUCGAAAUCAAUUCUACAAUCGAAAUCAAAUUCUUGAUGAUCUUCUCGAUGGUCGUGGAAUGGCAAAAGGUUUCUAUCAAGCUUUAUUUCUUACCCGAUGUGGACCAACACUGAAUGUCAAUUUAACAUUCACAUGCUUUUACAUGCCAUUGAACUUUGUUGACUUCGCUUGUAAAUAUUUACGGAAAGAUAUCACCACAAAUUUUACCGAAUACGAAGCAAAAGUUUUCAAAAAACUUAUUCGAGAUCUACUCAUUGAAACAGAACACACAGGUCGUACGAUUCGCUAUAAAUUCCGUGGCUUUGGUCGUCCUGCUAAUCAACUGAUGUUCGCUCGUGGAAGAGUUGUUGAAGAAUCAGCAGAUACUCUUGAACAGAUCAGUGUAGCCGAGUAUUUUGAGCAACAAUACAAUAGAAAGCUCACCUAUCCCCAUUUACCCUGUAUUGAUGCCACGAAUGGUAUUAGUAAGAGAGCAAACUGGCUACCGAUGGAACUGGUCAAGUUGGUUGAAUGGCAACGUUCACUAAAGCCACUAGAUGCAACACAGCGGGCUCGCGUCUCAAAUAAAUCCAUUAUUGAACCAUUGGAACGUUACAAUCAAAUUAUGUCUAUUAUGCAAGCACGUGAUUUUGAAACUGAUAUUCAUCUAAAAGACUUGAAUAUUCGUGUACAUAAAAACGAAAUGCUCGAAAUAAAAGCACGACUUCUUGCAUCUCCCAAUAUUCGAUAUCGUCAUCGUCAAGAUCAAGGAGAAGCGAUUGAACAUGUCAAUGUUGGCAAAUGGAGAAUUAGCAAUCGGUUUUACACAACGCCUGACAUUAAUAAUUGGGGUAUCAUCUAUUUUGGUUAUACACCUGAUCAACAAGUCGAUGGCAUUCUCAAACAAUUCGUCUCUCAAUUACCUGGGUUACUCAAACGUAAAGGAAUUAUACCUAGAACAAAAUUAACUCUAACAAUAAAAGCGGCUCGAAAAGAAGAUAUUGAAAACGCUUUGACUGAGGCUAGUCGAAAACGUUGGCAAUUAGCCAUUGUUAUUCUCAAUACUAAUUCGGAUCAGGUGUAUGAUUAUGUUAAACAAUUAGGCAAUCAACAGCUAGGCUUAAGAACGCAAUGUAUCGAUCUGGAAGCGUUGAGGAACAACAGAAAUAAACUCCACAUGUAUGUGGACAAUCUUAGCCAGAAGAUCAAUGGAAAACUAGGUGGUAUCAAUAGUGUUGUCAAUAUUAAAUUGGCUCUAAGUCGUUCUUCUAGAGAAGAUAUUUUCAUGUUCUUUGGAGCCGACGUAACUCAUUCGACUUGUUCAACAGAUCGUCCGUCAAUAGCAGCAGUAGUUGGCUCACGUGAUCCAACAAAUACUCUUUAUGCUGCUCGACUUUGCGAACAAUAUCCCAAAAAAGGUCGUUGUUCGGUGGAAAUUAUUAAAGAGUUGGAUAGAAUGGUUGCUGAUUUGCUUGAAGUAUUUGCUCGCACAUGUGGUGGUCGUCUUCCAAAUAAAAUCGUCUUCUAUCGAGAUGGUGUAGACGAAGGACAAUAUCAGAAAGUUCUCGACAAUGAAGUGAACAAAAUCAAGAACGCUUGUCGACUUGUGUACGGUGAUCGGCCAUUGCCAAAAUUAACUUUUAUUGUCGUAAAAAAACGUCAUAAUACACGUUUCUUUCUCUACGAUGGCAAACAGACGAUGAAUGUUCAAGCGGGUACUGUGAUUGACCAGAAUAUUACUCAUCCCUCUCAAUUCGAUUUCUAUCUCUGCUCUCAAGCGGCUAUAAUGGGUACAUCAAGACCUACUCUCUAUCAUGUCCUCCAUGAUGAUAUUGGCUUUAGCAGUGACGAUGUUCAACAAUUAACCUAUUGGUUAUGUCAUACGGAUAUGCGUUGUACUAAAUCAGUCUCGAUUCCAUCACCUGUUCAUUAUGCACAUCUGGCUGCCUACGGAUCACGUUCCUUAAACUUUGACGAUGAUCGUGUGACAGACAAUGUUGAUGAUGAUGGUGAUGACGAACAACUUGAAAGUUAUUCACUCGAUGAUAUUACAACCAAACUAAUGGUUCUUGAUCCAAAAGUUGUCAACGAUAUGUGGUUCAUAUAA